GCAGAUAGCAGCGUUUGGAUUUUCAGAACGAUACUAACGUGACGCGUCGCGACGUCCGAGGAUCGCCGUCCAUACAGUCCGUAGAAUUGCGCUUUCGUAUUUUAUUUUGUUAUGGUAUUCUUGUACAAUCCAACCAACAGGUCUACCACUCAUGAUUCCCCAUGAGGCCAGUGCUCCAAAUCAGAUGAAAUGUAGAUAACUUCACCGAUCAACGCUCAGAACUACAUUGCUCCAAGUUUAUGCGGUGAAAAUGCUCAAAAAACCGAGAAUGGCCUGUUUCGGUGGAGCAGAGAGUUUCGACCAGUCCACCACGAGACCUUUCUGUCCAUCACCAACGUCCACCCCUGAAGAGUUGGAAAGGAGGGCCAUCAUACAGAGGAACGAUCUUCUGCUGCAUGAGGCGGUCAUCAAAAACGACACCAAGGGGGUCCAGAGGAUCCUCAGGGAGCCGGUAGAUGUCAACAGUAGAAACAACUACGGUAGGGCGCCAAUCCAUUGGGCAUCCUCAAGAGGUAACUUGGACAUUAUGGAGAUGCUCAUGUCUUGCAACUGUGAUAUAGAAGCUAGAGAUAAGUAUGGUAUGAGGCCGCUACUUAUGGCUGCUUGGCAUGGACAUCGUGAUGCUGCUCAACUUCUUAUUAAUACAGGAGCAUGUACUAACGCCAUUAACAAGAAAGGCUACACGAUACUCAUGUGUGCGGCCAGAAAUAACAGAAUAGAGGUCAUAGACUUCCUCUUAGAUAGCCUAGAAGACUUGAAGAUAAACGCUGUGGACAACGAAGGCCAAACUGCUCUGUUUCAUGCCGCCUUGGGCGGGCAUACUAUCGUAGUACAAAGGUUGAUUGAUAGAGGCGCCAUUAUAGACACCAAAAACAAGGAUUCGCAAACGGCUCUUCAUGUGGCUUGUGAAAGAGGUCAUGAGGAAGUGACGAAACUUCUUUUGGCUCACGAGGCGGACAUGGAGACUAAAGAUAUCAACGACAACACUCCACUUCAUAUCGCGGCGCAACACCAACAAACAUCGAUUGUGCAGGUCCUGUUGGAUGCUGGAGCCGACCCAGAUAGUGAAAAUGAGAAAGGAUCCACAGCCCUCCACAUAUCAUCCAGUUUAGGAAGUAGAGGUAUUUUGGAGCUACUCAUCCAGCACUGUGCCAAUAUCAAUAAGCAGAAUAAGGCCGGAAACACCCCCCUCCACUUGGCCUGCCAGGCCAACGAGAUCGACAUCGUCGAAAGCCUCAUCUCCAGAGGGGCGAACCUCAACAGCCUGAACACGAGACUGCAGUCCCCAAUACACAUAGCAGCCGAGAUGGGUCACACAGACAUCUGCAAAUCAUUACUGGCUGCUGGAGCUGACAUCGAGCAACGAGAACAAGGAGGCAGGACCCCCCUCUACAUAGCAGCUCGUGGUAGUUUCACAGCCAUAGUAGACAUGAUCAUCAAGACUGCACGUCUGGAUUACCCGCCACAGGACGACCAGAGUAAUGGUGGUAGUGUUAGAGAACGCCAAGGGAGGAGUAGGAUCAGCAGAUCGAGCAGCAGGAGAAAGUGGUCGGUUAGAGCUUCCAGAGAUGAGACACAGAGGCUGAGGGAAUCUGAACGACUCAGGGAGAUCCUGUACAAGCUGGCUUAUAAGCAGUUGGGACCUGGAGAGUGGAAGAAGUUGGCGCAGCAUUGGGCCUUCACUGACGAUCAGAUCAAGGCAAUCGAGCAUCAGUAUAAUGGUCCUUCGAGUUAUAAAGAGCAUGGUUUCCGUAUGUUGUUGAUCUGGGUGCAUGGUUUAGGACCUGAAGUCAACCCAAUAAAAGAAAUUUAUGAAUCUUUAACAGCCAUCGGUAGAAGGCCAUUAGCUGAUUCUUUAAGGAGAAAAAUUGAUCAAGAAAUCGAAACAAGAAGAAAAGGCAGUAAGAGAAGAUGUUCUAGCUGUUCUAUUUGUUGAAAGCUUCGCAAAUACUCCAAUCUAACUUAAUCUCAAUGGGGUCUCACCAAAUU